AUGCACAUGAGCGACUUCGAGCAGUUACACAACAGCAAAGGUGGUCUCUUAUCCUUCAAUAAUUUUCUAUCAACCAGUAUCCAUAAAGAAGUAUCAUUAAUGUUCUGUCCUGAUCUUCCAUCAGAUCCGAAUAUAAUUCCGGUUCUGUUCGAAAUGCAAAUUGAUCCUGCCUUAGUAGCGACUCCAUUUGCUCGAAUCGACCAUUUAAGUAAGUUUCCUGAUGAAAAAGAGAUUCUCUUCUCGAUGCAUUCGGUCUUCCGAAUUGGUGAAAUCGCGCAAGACAAUGAUUCACGUUGGCACGUAAAAUUGGAAUUGACAACGCAAGACGAUCAAGAGUUUAGACGACUUACUGAACACAUACGAGAUGAGACAUCUGGAUCCACAGGAUGGUAUCGAUUAGGUCAGUUAAUGAUUAGAAUGGGAAACUUCGAAAAGGCUGAAGAAUUCUACAAGACGCUAAUCAAAAACAAAUCAGACAACAAUGACAAAACACCUUUUUCUCUCUCUCAUCAGCUUGGAUUGAUACAAAUCGACCAAGGACGCUUCGAAGACGCACUACAUCUCUAUCAACGAAACAAAAAAACAUCAAGGGCAUCAGACUGUUCGGAAGUACAGAAUGAUCCACUGUAUUAUAGCAACAUAGGUAUGGUAUACUAUAACAUGCGAGAUUAUCCCAAAGCACUCGAAUCCUAUCGAAAAUCACUUGAAAUCCAAGAAGAGCAAAACCCCUCGAAUUAUCUCGGUUUAGCUACCACAUGUAGCAACAUUGCUUUGAUCUAUCGCCAUGCUAAAGACUGGUCAAAAGAACACCAAUUCUUUGAGAAAGCGAUUGACUUUUACGAGAAAGCCAUGGUUCCUGAAAGAGAGCAUCGCGAUCCGUUCCGGAGGCAUUCACAAUUACCCAGAGACCUGUUCAAUGUCGCUUGCUUGCAUGCGAGUCAAGAAGAAUACUCGGAAGUGCUUCGCUUCUAUGAACACUCAUUAACAAUGCAGUACAAAUCUUCCCAUUCUUAUUCACGCAUACCAGCGCUUUCUCAAAUCUUCAGCGAACUUGGAUCGCUAUAUAAGAGCAAGAGGAUGUACAGCAGAGCAUUUCAGUGCCAUGAAGAAGCACUUACCAGUCUGCAGCGUAGUCUCCCUUCGAAUCAUCCCACAAUGGCUCUUGUCUACAACAACAUGGGCUCAACGCAACAAAAAGCUGGAAACUACUCGGAAGCUGACAAAUUCUAUCGAAAAUCACUCGAAAUUCAAUACAGAUCUCUUCCUGCCAAUCAUUUGGAUGCUGCUACAACUUACAGCAAUAUCGCUUCCAUGUAUGACGAACUCGGGCAGCGAGCAGAAGCAUACCAGUUGCAUGAAAAGCUACUUCAAAUUCGAUACGAAUAUCCUCCGGCGCAGAAUAUACAAAUGCCUAUUUUGCAUGCUCCAAUUAGCUUGAUUCUUCAAAGAAUUCCGCACUAUCACAGAGCAAUCAUGUUCUACAAAAAAGCAUUGGUAAUUCAACAAACAACUCUUCCUCCACAUCAUCCCCAUUUGGCUGCCACCUGUACCCGUCUUGCUUCAGCGUAUUCGAAUACUGCACAUUUCUCAAAAGCAAUCGAGUUCUUUCAGAUGACCCUCGCGAUUCAACAGAAAAAUCUCUCUCCCGACCAUCUGGAUAUCUGUCCUACAUACAAUGGUAUUGGUUCGGUGUAUGAGAAAAUGGGAGACAACUCGAAAGCACUUCAUUUUUUUGAGAAAGCGCGGGCAAUCCAUGGACAAUCUCGAUCGAGCGAUCAUCCGAAUCUUGCUUCGACGUACCGUAAUAUUGGGUCGGUGUAUCGAAACAUGAGUGACACCUCCAAAGCACUCGAAUUUUAUCACAAGGCUCUCACAAUUCAAAAGAAGUAUAGGUUUCGUGGAGAUUCAGAUUUAGCGACGACGUAUAGUGAUAUUGCUUUGAUCUAUCAGAUCAUGGGAGACGACUCUAAAGCAUCCGAGUUUUAUCGCAAGGCCCUCACAAGCCAAGAAGCCGGUCAACUCCGAGACGAUUCAACCUAUACGAUUCCACCCAACUACCAACCUUCAACCGAUCGACCUUCCACUAGUCCAUACAGAAGAAUUGGCACAGCGUACCAGAACAUCAAGGAUUACUUUCAAGCACUCGAAUCUUAUGAGAAGUCACUCGUAAUCCAACAAGAAUCGCUUCCGGAAAACUGUCCAGAUUUCGUCACUAAGCUCAGCAAUAUUGCUGCAGUGUAUAAGAACCUAGGGAACAAUGCAAAAGCACGUGAACUCUACGAAACGAUGCUGACAAUUCAACAAACGUUUCUCUCCAGCAAUCAGCCAAACUUUGCUACGACUUAUCGCAAUAUUGGUGCGGUGCAUCAGAGUAUGGACCGCAAUUCGAGAGCGCUGGAGUUUUAUGAAAAGGCACUUGCAAUUCAACAAGGAUCUCUCUCUCCAAAUCAUCUGGAUGUCGCGACCACACUCAGCAAGAUCGCCUCCGUAUAUCAAAACACGGGCGACGCUGUAAAAGCGCUCGAAUUUUACGAAAAGACAUGCGCAAUUCAACUAGAGUCUCUCCGGAACAAUCAUCCAGAUUUAGCGGCUACGUACAGCAACAUUGGCGCAAUGUAUCAGCACGUAGGAAACAAUGCGAGAGCCGUCGAAUUUUAUGAACAGGCGCUCACAGUUCAACAAGACUCCUUGUCUAAAAACCAUCCAGAUUUGGCAACUACUCUUAGUAAUAUUGGUGCGGUGUAUCAGAUAAUGGAAGAUGACUGGAAAGCAUUCGAGUUUUAUCAACAGAUACUUGCCAUGCUAACAGCAGAUUUGCCAGAAUACGAUUCAGCUUUGGCGACGACCUAUAUCUAUAUCGGCGCAGUGUAUCGCGAUAUGGCAGAUAAUUCGAAAGCACUAGAAUUUUAUCGUAGGGCACUCACCAUUCAGCGAGAGUACCUCUCCAGUAGUCAUCCGGAUUCGGUGACGACUGAAAGUAAUACUGACGCAGUGUAG